AUGCCAUUUGUGCAACAAAAAUAUGCAACGACAACUUGUUUAGGUCUCUCCCUCGAGUUGCGCGUGUAUUUUGUGAGAAUGAGAGUCGCUAUUAUCGGUGCUGGCGUUGCAGGUCUCGUUGCUUGCAAGUAUUGCAAUGAAUUUGAUUUGGACGUUGUUGUUUACGAGCAAUGCGGUGAUGUUGGAGGCACUUGGAUUUAUUCAACGGAUAGCGGAAAGAACUCUCACACGAGUAUGUACAAGAAUUUAGUCACAAAUUCCCCCGUUGAAGUGAUGGGAUUUCACGAUUUCGAGUUUCCAAAGGGAGAAAAGUCGUAUGUGACAUGGAAGGAGGUCCUGGAUUUCAUCAAAAGCUACGAAAAGCACUUUAAAUUGACGAAAUUUAUCAAAUUUGAACAUUUUGUGACAAAAGUUAGUCCAUUGGAGGAUGAAAAUAAAUGGAAAGUUGUCGGAAAAUACGAGAAUGAAGACUUUACGGAGGAAUUUGAUGCAGUUUUUGUUUGUAACGGACAUUUUUUCGAUCCAAAUCUACCAAAAAUUAAUGGAAUUGAGAGUUUUGAGGGAAAAAUUAUUCACAGUCAUGAUUAUCGGGAUCCAGAAAUGUUCAAAGGUAAAAAGGUACUUGUCGUUGGUUCAGGUCCUUCUGGCAUCGAUAUUACAUUCGAUUUAAGUCAUUUAGCGAAGACUGUUCACAUGAGUCAUCAUUCUACGACAUUAGCAUCCGAUCUGUUCCCUCAAAAUGUUGAGCAACUACCCGAUAUUGACUUCAUUUCUGAUGGAAAAGUUCAUUUUACGAAUUCCAGAGAAGAAAAUUAUGAUGCAAUUGUCCUUUGUACAGGCUACAAAUACAAUUUUCCAUUUUUAUCUGAGGAUUCAGGAAUAAAAGUCACGAAUAAUCACGUAACGCCUCUUUACAAGCAUGUUAUUAACAUCGAGCAUCCUUCAAUGUUCUUCAUUGGUCUCACAAAUGUGACGAUUUUUAAUUCAAUUAUCGAGUUACAGGUGCAAUUUGCGAUAAAAUCCUUGCUAAAGUAUUUUCCUUUACCAACAAAAGAUGAAAUGUAUCAAGAAUUACAUGAAGAAAUGCAGAUUCGACACUCCAAGGGUAUGUUUGGCAAAAGAAUGCAUCAAUUAUGGCCUGAUUUCAUGAGAUCCUACAUUGAUGAUGUCGUGAGAAUAGCAGAUUUGAAGCCUAUUUUGCCUGUAUUGUUGGAUAUUUAUGAUGAAUCUCGAGCUUUGUCUUAUAGUGACAUCAAAAAUUAUCGAAAUUAUCGAUAUUUGGUACUUGAUGAUCGGAGUUACGUUAAAAAAUUCCUGCGAAAUUAAAGAAAAAGU